AUGAAAGAACUAUCUGAUCAAGUUAAAGGAAUGACUACAUUCAUCCAACAAGUAAUUGGUACUUCAACUGGUGAACAUGCAAGAGCAUGGGCUUCAAGUUUUGCUGUAACUUUUGCCAACAUACCAAAUCCAACUUUUUCCAACAUUCCAUGUCCACCCAAUCCAAAUCAAGAACGGAGUGAUGAUGCUGUUAGAGAUUAA